AUGGGGUCAACCUCAGGGCCACCAGUUAAAGACGUAGAGCCUAAGGCUGUGGAGGCCCGAGGGAUGGUCCCAAUGACGGGCAAAAGGCAAAAAACCUCACUGGGAACCUUGGCACCUAUUGACAAGAAACCCAGAGAAGCAGUAACCAGAAGCUAUGCCUCAGCCUUGAGGGGUCAGCUGGUUGCGGUGGUUCCUACAAACUAUCCGCUAGCCAUGCUCGAUCACGAACAAGUUGAGGCACUAAAAGAACUCAUCGCUGAUAAGGUGGAUGAGCUUGACGAGCAUGGAGAAUAUCACCCACUUUUUGAUGGCGUUAGCUACAAGGUGGGAGGAGAAAUUGUCGCAUACAUGAACAAUGAAACAUGCACAUGGCUGGCCAAAAUCAUCCCCAGCAUCAACUUGGUGGAGGAAAUCACCCUUCACACGGGAGAUCUAAAGAGCUUCUUUUGUACCGUCACUCCAAAAAAUGACGACCCAGCUCUCGAUCCCUCACACCUCCUAGCCCAAGGCAACCAACCACAUCAAUUCAAGAUAUGCUUAGAUAUGAUCAGGGUGGUUACAUGCCAUAUUUUGAUUCAAAAUGAAGACGUAGGAACUGCCAGGUAG